AUGGAUUGCCCUUAUCAUGAUGAUUGUGCUACAGAUAUGGUUCCCAGCAAUUCGAAAAAAGCGGUUGCAAAAAUACAAAGGAAAACUUACCUGUCAACACAUUUCCAAGAGAUAUCAAUUUAUUUCGGCAUUUACGAGCUUCUACUGACAAGUGAAUAUAUUGCAACAAACGAUUGUAUCCUACCAUUCCUUGGGUCGGCGAUAACUAUGCAACUAAAUGAACAAUGUACGGAAGAAAUAUACAUAUAUACUUGUGGUCCAAUAGUUAUAAACACUGAAAGACUCCUAAAACAUUAUAUUAAGUUCCGCUCAUACAAACCAUGGGAAUUCUAUUCCCUUGAUGCAUUUACAAAAGGGUUUACCCCUGUAAUACCCAUUUACUACCAUGGUCACGUCUCUCAAAAGAAUAAAGACAUCACCGUUUACCAUUUUGCCUCUAGGAUAUUGUCAAUUGUUUCCAGCAACCAAAUUAUUACAAAAGAAAUGAUGGUUGAUUUGUGGUUAUUUAUGGUACAAAUUCCUCUGUUCACGAAAGUAUCAAGAAUCAAUAAUUUGCAAAAACAAUCAAGUAAAUAUGUCGACUUUGGUUAUUUGGUGGGUAUAUACGCUUAUAUUGAAGAAAAGCUGAACAGACGAGUCAGUUCAUUUCCAACAUGUAUAGUCAAAACUGCUACCAAAAAUAUUGCUUUAAAGAUAGGAAAAGGGCGGUUUGUUCGGAGAUAUCAAGAAAACAAAUGA